AUGCCUCCAACCGAACCAAGAAUCCCCAAGGGUGACACGGUGCUCGUGACCGGCGCCAAUGGCUACAUCGCCUCGCAUGUGGUCGACGUCCUCCUCGACCAAGGAUACAAGGUGCGUGGCACCGUCCGCGCGCCCAAACCAUGGCUCAACCGGCAUUUCGACGCCAAAUACGGCGCCGGGAAAUUCGAAACCGCAAUCCUCUCCGACUUAGAGGACGAAGCGGGCUUUGAUCACGCGGUCAAGGGUGUGUCGGGGGUGAUCCAUGUGGCUUCAGACGUCUCCUUCAACUCGGACCCAGAUCUCGUCAUCCCCAAAGUGGUGGCCGGCACCGUGAAUGUGCUCAAGGCGGCGGCCAAGGAACCUCGGGUGAAGAGCGUGGUCUUGACAUCCUCCUCCAAUGCCGUCGUCACACAAGGCGUCAGCAAGAACGGUCUCGUCAUCGAUCAAAGCACCUGGAACGACACCGUCGUGCAGGCGGCAUACAGCAAAGACACGCCUGCGCAGAUCCAGCCUCUCGUCGUCUACGCCGCGUCCAAGACGGAGGGUGAACGCGCGUUCUGGAAAUGGGUGGCCGACAACAAGCCCAGGUUCACCACCAACUCGGUGCUGCCAGACUUGACUCUGGGAAAGAUCCUGCUCCCAGAGAUACCGGGAAGCACCAUGUCGUGGGCGGCCAGUCUCUUGAAAGGACAAGCAACUGUCAUCGACUCGGUCCCACCGCAAUGGUUCGUCGAUGUCCGCGACGCUGCCCGCCUCCACGUUGUCGCCCUGCUGGACCCGCAAGUGAAAUCUGAGCGACUGUUCGCAUUCAGCCACGAGUUCAACUGGACCGAUGUCAUUGGCAUCUUCAAGAAGCUCCGGCCGGAAAACACCCAGAUUCCCCAGGCGCCGGAGAACGAGGGUCGUGAUUUGACCGACGUCCACGACGGGAGUCAAAGAGCCGAGCACCUCCUUCAGUCUUUCUUCGGCGUCACUGGUUGGACAAGCCUGGAGGACAGCCUCAGGGCAGGCAUUGAGGGUUCUUGA